AUGAGUUACCUCCUGGACGACAAGAAAAUUCUCCUCAAGGAAUUGUGCAUCCGGAAUGAGGACAUCAAGAGAGAAAAUGAAAACGUCGAGCUGGAGAACCGGGCGUUUUUAAAACUGAUCGAGAGCUACGAAGAGAAGACGAAGCUGCUGAAGGUCCUCCCCUUCAUCCACCACGUGUGCACCAGUCUGUAUGCCGUGGAGGAUGCAAUAAGCUUCAACUUAACGCGCCAUGAGUUUUCAUCGCAGCUGAAUCAGCUGCUGGAUGAGGAGAUAGAGAAGCAUAAAAAGAUUUUUAAAAAUAUAUUAACAGAGUCCGGGGGAGAUGGGGGGUCUCCUACCACCAGCUCGGCUGGGCACCAUCCCACCAAGGAGCAACUCACAAACAGGGUCUACGAUAUGGACGUCGAUGAUAUGAUUAGUGUUUCACGGGGGGGUAAAGCAAGCGAAACGUUAGUGAGUGAGCGGUCUGAGGGGAAAGACCCACCGGGUGGGGACACACCGGAGGAGGAGCAAAACGCAACAGCGGAAGGCCCCCCCGAGUCGCCCUGCCAGACGAACGAGAAAAACAUUUGUUUGCGCUGGGAGCGGGAGGAGUCCGCGGGGGAGUUUUGCUCCAUUCAGUCGUUCGAGGUGUGCGAAGAUGUCCAAAGGAGCCCGCUGAAACUGCCCGAGAAGCAGCAGCUGACGGCGAACGAGAUCGAAAAGCUGAAGGGGAAAAUCAAAAAAAACACCCUUCAGUACGACAGCGCGAAGACGAUGCUCACCUCGAUGAUCACCCAGUGUAAAAUUCUCCUCUUCGAGUUGGAGGAGGAGACAAAAAGUUACCACGCAUGGAAGGAGAGGAUGAAGAAUGACAGCUACAUGAUGAAGAGGAAGCAUUGCUUGAGUGAUUUCUUUGGCCAGAUCAUUCAGAAGCAGAGGGACAAAGUGGGGGAAGCCAGAAAGACAAACACCACUCUGCUAAAUCUGUAUAAGAAGAAAUCCUCCCACAUGAAUUAUAUAAUCACCAUCAACGAGAAUAUCAAUUGCGUCGAUUUUAUGUUUCUGCACGUCCUCAUCCACAACCAGAAGCUGCACUACGACAGACUGAUGAGGGAGCACGAGCGAAGCUACGCCUGUCUAAGGAAGCUCCUCAACGAACUAAGACAGACGCACACCCAAAUUGAAGAACACGAGGGGAGGGAAAAGGAGAUGCAGGCCAUCAUCGAAAAAAACAACUCCGCGCUGAGCGAAAUGGACCAGCUCAUAAUCGGCCUCACCAGCCAGAUUGACGCGACCAACAGCGUGGCGAAUAAGUAA